GGUGUCAUAAGUAUUUGGACAAAUUCACAUAGAGUGAAUUAAAGUAGUCAAAACAUGUAGUAUUUGGUCCCAUAUUCAUAGCACGCAAUGACUACAUCAAGCUUGUGACUACAAACGUGUUAGAUGCAUUUGCAGUUUGUUUUGGUUGUGUUUCGGAUUAUGUUGUGCCUCUGUAACUUUCUCACUCAUCAUUAUUCACAAUUCAUUCAUGGUUAUCCGUAACCAUGGUAGCAUCGACAUUAACAUAGAAGAUUUCAGAAACAUAUUCUAUUGUUAUUUACAAUAAAAGUGACUCCAAAAUGACACAAUACAUUAUUUACCAUUAGUUAUAUUGGGCAUAACAUAAUCCAACCAAAACAAAAUGCAAAUGCAUCCAACAAGUUCGUAGUCACAAGCUUGGAAUAUGGGACUAAAUACUACAACCUUUGACUACUUUAAUACACUUUAAGUGAAUACUUAUGACACCUUCAAAUAGGGGGACUAGAUACAUAAAACACUUUCAUCUCUGAACUGUAAAACAGAUAUGUAUGAAAAUACUCCUCUGUAGCUCAGUUGGGAGAGCAUGGCGCUUGUAACGCCAGGGUAGUGGGUUCGACCCCCGGGACCACCCAUACGUAAAUAUAUAUGCACACAUGACUGUAAGUCGCUUUGGAUAAAAGCGUCUGCUAAAUGGCAUAUUAAAUAAAAGGUUACAAUCGGUACUGUCACCUCAUAUGAAACAUUUAAUUUAAAAUUCAAUAUGCUUGCAUAUAGAGACACAUUUUUUAGCUUCAGUAUCCAAAUAAAUGUAUCUUUGUCUACCCCCCUAGCACUUGGGUGUGGCAACCCUCCCAUUGAGCCUCUGGUCACCCAUGUGGUCAAUGGAGUGGACACCAAGCCCCACAUGAUUUUAAUUUUAAUUAAAUGUUUCAUAUCCAAAUAAAUCCAUAGGGGAGUGUAUACAAUGGGUAUCAUAAGUAUUCACCCCCCUUGGAUUUUUUCAAAUUUUGUUGAUUUACAAAGUGGCAUUGAAAUAGAUUAAAUGUGAUGUAAUUGAUCUACACAAAAUACUCCAUAAUGUCAAAGUGAAAGAACAUUUUACAAAUGUUUACCAAUUAAUAGAAAUUGAACAACUAAAAUAUAGUCAUUGCAUAAUAUUCACCCACUUUGUUUAAAUAAUGACCUAAAUGACAGAGUGAAAAUAAUAAUUAAAAUAUACAAAAUACAAAUAUUCCAAAAUAUGCAUAUUGUAUGCAAUAAGGCACUAAAGUAAUACUGCAAAAAUACAUGGCAAAGGAAUAUGCCUAAAUGCAAAGUUGUAUCUUUGGGGCAAAUCCAACACAUCACUGAGUAACUGCCUUCUUAUUUUCAAGCAUGGUGGUGGCUACAUCAUGGUAUGGGUAUGCUUGACAUCGGCAAAGACUGGGGAGUUUUUCAGGAUAAAAAGAAACAGGAUGGAGCUCAGCACAGGCAAAAUCCUAGAGGAAAACCUGCUUCAGUCUGCUUUACACCAGACACUGGGAGAGUAAUUCACCUUUCAGCAGGACAAUAACCAAAUCUAUUUUGGAGUUGCUUACCAAGAAGACAGUGAAUUGCCAAGUUACAGUUUUGACUUAAAUCUGCUUGAAAAUAGACUUGAAAAUUGCUGUCUAGCCAUGAUCCCCAACACCUUGACAGAGCUUGAAGAAUUGUGAAAAGAAUACAGUGGCUUGCGAAAGUAUUCACCCCCUUUGGCAUUCUUGGGGUGAAGAGAGGUGUUGGGUUUGCGCUAGACAUAGCGUUUCCUUGAUGGCCAAAAAGCUAAAUUUUAGUCUCAUCUAACCAGAGUACCUUCUUCCAUAUGUUUGGCGAGUCUCCCACAUGGCUUUUGGCGAACACCAAACGUGUUUGCUUAUUUUUUUCUUUAAGCAAUGGCUUUUUUCUGGCCACUCUUCCGUAAAGCCCAGCUCUGUGGAGUGUACGGCUUAAAGUGGUCCUAUGGACAGAUACUCCAAUCUCCGCAGUGGAGCUUUCAGGGUUAUCUUUGGUCUCUUUGUUGCCUCUCUGAUUAAUGCCCUCCUUGCCUGGUCCGUGAGGUUUGGUGGGCGGCCCUUUCUUGGCAGGUUUGUUGAGGUGGCAUUUUCUUUCAAUUUUUAAUAAUGGAUUUAAUGGUGCUCCAUGGGAUGUUCAAAGUUUUUGAUCUUUUUUUAUAACCCAACCCUGAUCUGUACUUCUCCACAACUUUGUCCCUGACCUGUUUGGAGAGCUCCUUGGUCUUCAUGGUGCCGCUUGGUUGGUGGUGCCCCUUGCUUAGUGGUGUUGCAGACUCUGGGGCCUUUCAGAACAAGUGUAUAUAUACUGAGAUAAUGUGACAGAUCAUGUGACACCACUUUUCCGUUAUGAAUUUUUUCAAAUUUUUGGAAACAAGUUAUUUUUUUCAUUUCACUUCACCAAUUUUGACUAUUUUGUGUAUGUCCAUUACAUGAAAUCCAAAUAAAAAUCAAUUUAAAUUACAGGUUGUAAUGCAACAAAAUAGGAAAAACGGCAAGGGAGAUGAAAACUUUUGCAAGGCACUGUAAUGGGCAAAUAUUGCACAAUCCAGAUGUGCAAAGCUCUUAGAGACUUACUCAAGGAGACUCACAGCUGUAAUCGCUGCCAAAGGUGUUUCUAACAUGUAUUGUCUCAUGUAUUGAUUUUUCUUCCAUUUACAGAGUAUUUUGUGUAGAUCAUUGACAUAAAAUGACGAAUAAAUACAUUUUAAUCCCACUUUGUAACACAAUAAAAUGUGAAGAAAUCCAAGGGGGGGAAUAUUUAUGCCUUAUUGCAUGUCUUUGGUUAAGUAUUAAAGCCCUUCCCUCCUCUCUUCCUAUAGGGUGACUCUGGUGGGCCCCUGAACUGCAAGAACCCAGAGGGAGUUUGGGAGGUCCAUGGUAUUGCCAGCUUUGUUUCUGGUCUGGGCUGCAACUACGUGAAGAAGCCCACCGUCUUCACCCGCGUCUCCAACUUCAACGACUGGAUCGACCAGGUAAAAGGACAUGUACACAUGACUCACAGAGCUAAGGUUCACACACACGUCAUUACAGUGUUAAUUAGCAUGACAUCGGCAUUCUGGAAAAACCGUACAUCUCAAUAAAGUCGACUUUUCAGACAUUGCAACAAAAAAAACAGUUUAUUUUCACAUGGAUGUAUUAAUAGAACGAGGUGUUCAGUCCUAGAGUCAUGAAACUUUCACAGAACAUGGAGGGGAAUGACUUCUUUCAAUUUAUGUAUAUAUAAAAAAUGAAAUCACCGAAAGUGAGAUACAAGGUUUUUCUAGGAUGCUGAUGAUGAGGGAAAACCUUUGCAGGAAAUGUCACCAAUGACUUGUCUUGUUCUGUCUGUCUAUUUUCUCAGGCUAUGAUGAGCAACUAAAGUGGAGCAGAAUGGGGAAUUGAGUACAAUAAAGAAGGACUCAGCAAAAUGGCUUUGUUAUGUAUUUUACGUUCAUUCUGUAACUUUAGGAAUCAUUCAAUACUCCAUGGUUGCCACAAGAUGUCCUCAGUAACUCAUGAUAAAGAGAAAGGAUUUCUAUAAGAUGUUUCCUUUGUUGGAGAUAUAUCUAUACAUUUAUCUUCAUACAUACUUGAUCAAUCAUUUGGGCAUUCCGUUUUUUUCAUGCUGUUUACCUAAUAUUUGCUAAUAGGAAAGUUUUGAGACAUUCCACUUAAGAAUGUGUGAAGAUGAUAUCCUUCUAACAAAAUGUGUUAAGAAGAGUAAAAUGGAGACCUGUAUGUUCACCCCACUUCAGAAAGAUAGAUCUAGUUCUCCAUUUUGUGCUGUUGUACAUAUUCUGGGAAUGGAAGGGUUUCAUUCAUGGGUGAGCCAGACCAAUGUAUUCUGCUCUCCAUACAGUCUUCCUACAUCUUUUGCUUUUGAUGUGAUUACACUACACAGACUUGGCAGACAGGCUGGGAAUGACACAGCCACAGAAGUAGGGCUAAGGAAAAUUAAGUUUAAAUUAGAAUUUACUAUCCAUUUUUAGUAUCCAUCUCUCUCUCACUCACACACACACUCGCUUGCUCGUAUGUGCACAAACACCCACUCACAGACAAACAGACACACAGACACAGACACAGACAC